AUGGAUACGGCGACGAUCUAUCCGCGUGUUGGCCCGCUCGUCAAUGAUCGGGCCAGAGAGCUCAACGGCACCACCACGGCACUCCUCGUGCUUGCGACUGUUUUCGUCGGCUUGCGUUUCUGGGCUAGGCAUAUGCGACUCGGCAUUGGUCCCGAUGACUGGAUGACGGUGGCCGCCUUGCGCCGUCGUCCUGACCUUCGUGACGCAGUGAUUGCUCACGGACUCGGAGCUCCCGCCGCGACUGUGCCGCAAGACGACCUCAUCAUCUUCUUCAAGCUUCUCCUCGCCUUCGAAUGCAUAUACGUUACCGCGGUGCUGUUGGUCAAGCUGGCUCUGCUGCAGAUGUACAUACGGAUCUUCCCGUCGCGCGGCUUCAAGAUCGCGGCCUGGAUCAUCGGCGCAACCGUGGUCGCUUGGUGGAUCUCCAUCAACGCUGUUUGCAUCUUCCAGUGCAACCCUAUCAAGAGAGCAUGGAUGCCCUGGUUGCAGGAAGGGUCAUGCAUCAACCUAAAGGCAUCUUUCAUCGGCAAUGCCAUUCCCAAUAUCCUGUCGGAUGUGGCUAUCUUGUGUCUGCCGAUAAGACAGGUCUGGAAGUUGAACGCCAACCUGACCCAGCGAGUGUCUCUGUGCCUCAUGUUCUUGACUGGUAGCUUCGUCAUGUUUGCCAGCAUAUAUCGAUUCACGACCAUUAUGCAGUUUGAUCCCAUCGAUACGACAGGUACUCUUGCCACAGCUUGUACCUGGUGCGUGGUUGAGGUGGCUUGCGGCACCAUUGCCGUCUGCUUACCGACCCUCCGGCCCCUCAUGCUUAAAAUCUCCAGCCAGUUCGAAAGCCGAUCUACCAGCAAGGCGGCAAAGAGUGGCAGAUCCGCCGGGGCCACGGAGCUUGUUACCAUUGGUGGAGCAGGAGGCCCAAAGUCGGGACCGAAACAUUUUCAACGACUCGAGAAUGACUACAGGUUCGAUACCGACACACAACGUGUGGAAAAGCAUCACGGCAAUAGUGACUCGGGAUCGGGAGACGAGCUUCCACUGAACGGCACAAGAAAUACCUGA